AUGGGCGUCGAGAGGGCGAGGCAAGUUCGGGCUCAGGUCAUUGCUCUGAGGAGGGCAAGAGCGAGAACACGGCAAGGCGCCAGGCAAAGCAGGGAGACCAAACUGGAGGGCGACAAGGCAGGCACGGCAGACACGACAGGUGAUGGGGCUUGGGCUAAAGCGUGGAACCGGACGAGGCUCGAUCGGUCGGCGUUUCGGGAUGGUAGGGCAGGGUUGGCUGGCGGGCGGGCGCUGGUCAAUUCAAUUGAGACCAGACGGUACCACCUCACUACCUCCAUCAAGGGGUCCUGCCCUCCGCCUACCCCUUCUUUACCGGUUUCGAGUGCAGGUAGCACUGACCCUGAUACACAAACUUAUUCGUCCACUCCCCAAUCAAGUGCAAAGACCGAGGGCGUGAGCAGAUGCGCUCCUUUCGAAUCUUCUAGCCAUGAGCUGGCGUCGGCCGCUGGAGAAAAAGCAAACAGCAAGACCUUGGGGGCUGUUACUCCUUACACGGGGUCUGGAGCAGGGCAUAAUAACCCGAGCAGUUCUCAGGUUGGCGGCAUACACAUGACGGCGCGCGACACGCUGGUUGGCUCGGUGCGCCGGCUGACCAGGAUUGUCUGGAAGCGUGCGACGGUGCCGGAACUCGAGGCCAAAACGCUACGUGGUAGGAUCUGGGCUUCAUGA